GGCAGACUACUCUCUCCUCGCCAUCCCGGCCUUCACUAUUCUGGCCGUGGCCCCUCACGCCNNUAUGCACUUUCCACUGUCAAGAAGCAUACCCAAUGGUCAAAUGCGAACAGCAGAGGCGAGGGCAACAUCCAACAUAUGAAGAAGACUCUCCCUCCUGCCGUCUUUGCAACCUAUGAACGCGCCGAGGCUGCGCACAAGAACAGCAUGGAGAGCUUGCCUCUGUUCAUUGCUGCAACUCUGGCUGGUGUGUUUGCCGAGAAGCUCACAAGAACUGAUGUUGGCAAUGCCCAAUUCUCCACUAUCUUCCUGGGCAUCAGAGUACUUUACACUCUUCUCUACAUCAACACAUCAUCAGAGCAAGCCAGUCAUGCUCGUUCGUUGACAUGGACAGCAGGUCUGGCUUUGUGUUUCUACCAGAUCUACAAGGCAGCCGUUGCUCUUGCC